AUGGGACUUGGGUCCUGGGUAGUCGUGUCCGGGCCCAGCACUCAGAUUGUGAAUGACGAGAAGAUUUACCACAGCACCAACUUCUGUAACACGACCGACUUCUUCAUCACAACAACGGAGAACAACACCUACUGCAUCUUCUUGUCGAAUAGAACAGCAGACUACAUCACAGCUAGAAACGACUGUAAAGCCAGAGGUGCAUAUCUCUUCACACCUAAAAAUGCCGAGAAGUUUCAAGUCAUGAAAGGAAUCCUAGACCCUCCAAAGACAGAAACUUGGUUUGGGUUAAAUGACAUAUUGACUGAAGGUGACUUGAGGUGGGAGGAUGAUGAGACAAAGAUUGACGAAGCGUGGAAGGAAGAAAUCUUCUCUCCUGGAGAGCCCAGCGACAGUUACUACCAAGAGGACUGUGUGUCCUACACCUACCCGGACUACAUCAACGACUCCCCUUGUUGGUUUACCAAACACUACGUGUGUGAGGUUGACUUUAAUUGA